GAGGGGAGCCCGGGGCGGCGGUGACCGGAGCGAGCCCGCCCACCGGGGCUCGGCCGGUUCUGCCCCCGGAGGGAUGCGCGGGACGCCGGUGCCCGGGACUCCAAUCCUGCUGUUUGCCCAGGACUCCUGUCCCUUCAGCUCCACUCUGCCACCGGGCGCUCCCCGCAGCCGGCCCCGCCGGCGGGGGCCGGGCGCGGUGCGGCCCCGGGGCGGAGCGCGGGCGGUGUCCGCAGCCCCGGAGCGGUGCGGCGGCGGUGGCGGUACCAAUGGCCCUGCCGGCGGAGGCGGACCGGCUGGAUGGGGGCUGGCAGGAGGUCUACUCUGCGCUCCAGUGGAUCCAGUUCACCAUGGCCAUGCUCAGCGUUGUAGGUUCCAGCUCAAUUAUUGCCUACGCCGUCUUCCAAAACGCAGUGCGAUCCCCUGAGGUGCGUCCACUUUUCUACCUGAGCCUCUCAGAUCUGCUGCUGGGCAUGUGCUGGCUGGCUGGGGCCCUGCUCUACAGCUCACCCACCUCCCAGCAAGACCUCAUCUGCUACAACCUGCAGGCCACGGGACAGAUAUUCUAUGUGGCCUCUUUUCUCUACACUGUCAACUACACCUGGCACCUGUACAUGGACCUCAAGGUGAAAUACAACCAGAACCUCUUCAGGGUGCCUCCCCAGGUUGUAGAUUAUGCAAGUUGUGUUGGCAGAAUAGCAACGAUCUUGUCAAGCCUGAUCCCUUUCCUCCUCAUGGUGCCGGUGUUUUGCCUGGGCAACAGCAGUAAUUGCUACCAGAACUUCAGCCAGAAGCACGGGUGUCUCCUGAUGCACACGGAGCUGGCUGAGCCCCCCAGCGAGCCGCAGGGCCUGAGCGGCUCCGUCUGCCGCGCGAUGCAUUUCUACGGCAUCGGCGUCUUCCUCGUCUCCUUCCUCAUCAGCUUCGUGGCCAUCCUGGUUAUCCUGAGUCAGGCCCGAGGGCUGUACAAGAGGUUUGUGAACUCCACAGGAUUCCUGGGGGAUCAGCAGUGGGCCAUGAUUAAGAUGGUGGAACAGCGGGUGGUUUUUUACCCCGUUGCCUUCUUCUGCUGCUGGGCCCCAGCUGUCGUCCUUGGAAUGCUGAAAUUGACUGCUUCAACAACCAGCAAAAUCUACAUGGCUCUGCUGAUCCUGCAGGCUCUCACCGCAGCUUCCCAGGGGCUCCUGAACUGCCUGGUGUACGGCUGGACCCAGCACGCGUUCCUGUCCCUGAAGCGCGGCUCCCGGCGGGAUGUGGACACGCAGACCCCGCUCCUGCGCUCCCAGAAGAAGUUCUACUCCAGCACAGCCCCCGCCGGCCCGCCCGACACCGCGGGCUCCUCCUCCACCCUGCUCUGAUGCUGCCCUGCCUGGAGGGAGAGAGGCAGAAUCCUUCCUACUCCUCCUUCUCCAGAGCCGGGAGGGAACUGUCCCUCGGGCCCGAGCCCCAGGCGCUCAGUGGACGUAGUUAUUUAUUUGAUGGAUUCUUUCAGCGUGGUAAAUCUUUAGUCCAGACUUUCUCCUCCUGGAAAUAUCCCUAGAAGUGCAGCAAACCACAUGGAAAGGCUCAGAGACCUGGUCCAGCUCCACGGAGGUUGAGCAGAGGAUGUUUUACUUUGGUUUAUUUCUCCAAGUCAUUGCCUUUACAAA